UCAAGAUUAAACAGCUCUACAAUGGCUUCACUGAAGUAUGAAGUACAGGUUGCAACGGGUAACUAUUUUGGGGCAGGGACCUUCGACAAGGUCUAUAUCACCCUAACUGGUAAGAAAGGAGACAAAAUAACAAAGAGCAGAAGGACCCAAGUGAGCUUCUCAGAGAGUGUUACUGUUUAUGCUGAUGAAGAUCUAGGUGAUCUUGUUAUGAUUACUUUAGAAAGGGAAGGAAUUCUUACUAUGACAGACUCCGGUUGGUAUUGUGAGUACGUAAAAGUGUCGGAUGUUAACACAGGGAGAGUGUAUAUAUUUGGAGUUUUUAACUGGGUUUUAAGAAAUAAACCAGUGAAUGUUAUAGAAACCACAGGUAAGAAAAUCCAUGCUUUACUCUGUGUGUCAUACUCAUAA